AUGACCGUCACUCUAGACAGAUACCUUGCUAUCGUGUACCACUCGUACGUGUUUGUGCACCCCCACAACGUCAUCGACUACCGUACCGACUCGAGCGGUAUCCGUGCGACUGAUCUGACCGGCGAGCAAGUCAAGGCCGUCAUCAAAGACAAGAUUAUCAUCGGGCACGCCCUGUUCAACGACCUCGCGGCUCUGUCCCACCGGCACGUCUACGAGGACGUGCGCGACACGGCACUCUUCUACCCGCUCAGGAAGCUCACCAACAUCGUCCACGAGGGCCAGUAUCCGAGCCUCCGCGCACUCAGCAAGGAGGUGUUGGGGAGGGAGAUCCAGACGGGGGAACACAGUCCGAUCGAGGACGCGCGCGCGACAAUGGACGUCUUCCUCGCCGUGCGCGAGGAGUAUGAGACAGGCCUGGCCCAAGGUCACGAUGUGGUCGCUUGUGUGCCAACAUCCAUGGCAAAGUGGUACUGGUGA